CAAGUUUUUAUGUGUAUUUAAUAUCUAUUUUUUUAGAUUAUCUAUAAGUUUCCCAAUAAAUUUAUUUUAGGAUACAUAUAUGAUAUUUGCACAAUAUUAAUGUUUUAAUAUAACUCUUUACUCCAGUUACACUAUUUAUGCUUCCAUGUAUAUUUAAAAAAAUAUUUUUCUAUACUUUUUAAAAUAAACAAAAUUCAAGAAUGAGAUUUAUAGAUAUGAGUUCAUACUUUUUGAUGGCAUAAAUAUUUUAUAUUAUUAUUUUUCUUUUUUAUCCUAAGAUAUUUUUUAAGGGUAUACUAAGAUAUUUUUACUUAAGUACUCUUUAUAUUUUCCCAAUGUACCAAAACUCUUCAAAAUUCCAUCAGCCAUAAGGACUGAUUUUAGAUAAGUAUUGUGACUUUUACCGGCAAAUCCUCGGGAGUUUUUAUAUAGUUAAGAACACCAUAUAUGAAACCUGAAAUUGGUCAGGAAUUUCGGUCAAUUCUAAUGUUCCAAUCAGUUUAUAGGGAUGGUCACCAACUUCUCACUAUUAUUAUGCUUUUUAUUCUAAAAUAAUAUAUAUUAUUUAUUUCUGGGUUUUUACUUUAGUUCCCACUUUAAU